GUGCGCUCCUCGAAAUUUUUCCGCGACCUCAAGAAGUGAAAAUUCCCACAUCGAAACGAUGAUUCCGGCCAUGGUUCACAAGCCGCUGCGCGCGUUCCGCGGGCUCGGUUCCCUGCUGCGACGGUCCUACUCCGGGAAUAUUGGUGAAAACCGGGCGGAGAAAGGACUGGUUCUCGGACUGUACGAGCAGGAGAUCGAAUCGGACGAGCCCAGGUUGACGCCGGUGGCCGGUCACUUUGACGCCAAGACCGAGGGCCAGCUGUUAAAUCUGAUAAAAGAGUCAAAUUUGAAAGGUAAAAUUGGAUCGUGCAAGGUGUUCAACAACAUCGAUCCGGAUUACGGGUCGGUGGCCGUGGUUGGACUUGGGCUGGAAGGGCUCGGCUACAACGAGCUGGAGCAGUUGGACGAGGGUCUGGAAAACGUUCGAAUCGCGGCCGGAAUCGGUUCCAAGUGCUUGGCGCUGCAGGGAUGCAACCGGAUUUGGGUGGAUCCGAUGCAGGCGACCGAACAAGCUGCCGAAGGGAGUGGGUUGGCCACCUGGAAGUACCAGGCCAACCGGCAGAAGCAGGAUCGAAUCCCGAUACCGAAGCUGGACCUGUUCGAUUCUCCGGACGGUGAUGCCUGGACACGUGGAUUGUUCAAAGCCGACGCACAGAAUCUGGCUCGUAGUCUGUCGGAUGCGCCAGGAAACCAGAUUACGCCGACGGCCUUCGCCCAAGCUGCCGUUGAUGCGCUAUGUCCAUGCGGAGUCAGCACGGAGGUCCGAAACAUUGACUGGAUCGAAUCGAAGAGCAUGAGCAGCUUCCUGUCUGUCGCGAAGAGUUCGUGCGAGCCGCCAAUCUUCCUGGAGAUCAGCUACUGCGGAGAACACGACUCCGGCCGGCCGAUCUUGAUGGUAGGAAAGGGAGUGACGUUCAACAGUGGAGGCCUGUGCCUCAAGGAUCCCAAAGGAAUGUCCCAGUACCGAGCCAGCAUGUCUGGAGCGGCGGCGAUCGUGGCCACAAUCCGUGCCGCGGCGGCCCUCUCCCUCCCGGUCAACCUGGUCGGGCUGAUCCCCCUGUGCGAGAACAUGCCCUCGGGAAUGGCCUUCAAGCCGGGUGAUGUGAUCACCACCCUCAACGGAAAGACCGUGGCCAUCCACGACACCAGCAACGCCGGACGACUCAUCAUGGCCGACACCUUCAUCUACGGCCAGACCACGUUCAAGCCGAAGGUCGUGAUGGACGUGGCCACGUUGACCGAGGGAGUCACCCACGCGCUGGGAGGCGCCGCCAGCGGAGUAUUCUCCAACUCGGACUUCCUCUGGAAGCAGAUGCACAAGGCCGGUUCGAUCACGGGAGACCGCGUCUGGCGGAUGCCCCUGUGGAAGUACUACACGCACAAGGUCACCAAUUACACCAACGUGGACAUGAGCAACACCGGCCAGGGCAAGGGCAGCGCCUGUCUGGGGGCGGCCUUCCUGAAGGAGUUUGUGCCGUGCGUGGACUGGAUCCAUCUGGACAUCUCGGGCGUCGGCAUGCUCAAGAAGGGCGUCGGCAUCCCGUACCUGGCGGAGGAACGCAUGACGGGCCGGCCGACGCGGACGCUCAUCCAGUUCCUGUACCAGAUGGCGUGCCCCGAGGAGCAGCAGAAGGCGCUGUCCAAGGAGAAGUGCUAGGGACUUAGUGACUUUGUGAUCGUAAUUUAUUUGUUACUGCGAGUUCAAUAAAUUUUUAUUAAAUUAAUUUUUAA